UACCAGGACUCUGAGAAGCCUGAGGAGUUAGGACCUGGAAAUGUACAGAAAGAUGUCUCAUCUUCCUUUGACCGAGUUAUCAAGGAGGAAUUGCAGUGUCAGUUCUUUAGAUUUCAGAAGUAUGUGUUGAUUGUUUCUAGACAACACGAGAGAUGAUGGCUCGUUCUGCUGCCACCCUCGUCACGCAUCCCUUCCAAGUGAUCGCUUUGAGAUCGAUGGUACAAUUCAUUGGCAGAGAAACCAAAUAUUGUGGACUUUGUGAUUCCAUAGUAACCAUCUAUCGAGAAGAGGGCAUCCUAGGAUUUUUUGCGGGUCUUAUUCCUCGCCUCCUAGGGGACAUCAUUUCCUUGUGGCUCUGUAAUUCACUGGCCUACCUCGUCAAUACCUAUGCACUGGACAGUGGGGUUUCUACAAUGAGCGAAAUGAAGAGUUAUUCCCAAGCUGUCACAGGAUUUUUUGCCAGUAUGUUGACUUAUCCUUUUGUGCUUGUGUCCAAUCUUAUGGCCGUCAACAACUGUGGCCUUGCUGGUGGAUCCCCUCCUUACUCCCCAGUAUAUACUUCUUGGGUAGACUGUUGGUGCGUACUACAGAAAGAGGGAAAUAUGAGCCGAGGAAAUAGCUUGUUUUUCCGGAAGGUCCCCUUUGGGAAGACUUAUUGUUGUGACCUGAGAAUGUUAAUUUGAAGAUGUGGGGCAGGGACAGUGACAUUUCUAUAGUCCCAGAUGCACAGAAUUAUGGGAGAGAAUGUUGAUUUCUAUACAGUGUGGCGUGCUUUUUUUAAUAAUCAUUUAAUCUUGGGAAAAUGGAGGUGUUUGGUGUCUGCCUUUUUUGUUCUUUUUCCCACGCACAGAAUUUGCCACUGAGAUUCCCCCCUGUAGUUAUUCUGAAGUGUGACCUUUUUGCUUCAGACUCUUAUUUCACUUGAACAGAAAAAAAAAGUUUCAUUUCUCUAAGCAGUACAGGCCAGGCUGGCAUGUGAUUUUAGUCUCGAUUUAAGAUUUUGUAAAAUGAAGAGUAGAAUCCCAAGAAGAAAUAGAAAUAAUUCUGUAAAACCUAAGAAAAUCAGUAAGGCCAGCGACAUAAGAGGUUAUGAAUUACCUUCUCGUGGGCAGACCCUAGAAAGAGUCGACAGCUUCCACAGAGUCUGCGUCCCAUUAGAUGUUCCCGUUUGAUUACCUGUCUCUCAUACUUUAAGAAAGGACAAUGACAGAGAAUGUGCAAGAUUUAGAAAGAAAAGUGUAAUGAUUUUUUUUUCAAAAGAAAUUCUUGUUUUCACGUAAAAUAAGAAAAGCAAGUGCUGCAGUACUACCCCUCUUCUCUUAAGAGCUGUGUCUUUGCCAGUCCCUGAAUUAACACCAUUACACAGUUCUAAUUGUGUAUAAUUUUUUUCUUUAGCUUUUUAUUUUUGUUUUCUUUUUGUUGUUGUUGCAGAAGGCGAGUAGUUUGUUUUUCAUCCUAAUGACACCCUUGGAAAGUUUUUGUUAAGCUCCUAUCUGGUAAUGCAGACUGACGUCCACAGGGUCAUUAGGCUAUGGACCACCUCGCAUGUCAUACCCUGAACAUGUUAGCAGGCCUUUACGGGAGGAAGAAAUCACUGUAGGAGGAAAUAAAAUUCACCUCAUGCAUAAAGCUGUUAUUUACUCAGGCCUUUUUAAAAGGAGGUUCAAAUCCUGUAAAAUGAGAAAAGGUGGUUUUACUUAUUUAAAUAAUCCCCUGGGACAUUGACAAAUGAGUAAGUGCUUAAUUUGCUGCUUGUCAGACUUCUCAGAGCAGCAGCACCCAUAAUAUUGGGGGAGUGAGCAUGCAGGGGUCUCUUCCCUCCCCCUGGGUUCAGGAAUGCAGCCUGAAGCUCCAGUAGCUCAGCUUGAAAUGUCUUUGAUGUCUCUUACUUUGUCUCACAAAGUAAAUUUUAUAUACUAUUCAAUAUUAUCUGCAUUUGUUUUAAUAUAAAAAUGUUUUGCAUUACCAACUUUUUUUCCCAAAAAAAUCUUCAAGUAAAGAUGAUCUAGGAAAAUGUGCCA